UGAAACCAAAUUCAGUUCUUCUCAUUCUCUCGACUCUUCUCCUCUCCACCAGCAGACGAUCUCUCUUCCGGCAACGGCGACUCCAACUCGCCGCCCCUCCUAACCGCACGUCUGGCCAAUUGCAACUCCAGAUCUACUCUCCUCUGUCGUUAGCCAGAUUCAACCAAUCUAACAAUCAACUGGGCAAGAGCGUUUUCUCUACAGUUGCUCACAAUUAUACGCGUUAUUCCAUUUUGUUUAUUGGGAUCUCGUUUGCUAUUCACAUUUUCACUGCAGAUCUCAUCAAGAAAGUCUAGAAAUGUCUGCGCUUUUCAAUUUUCAUUCGUUUUUGACGGUGGUGCUAUUGGUGAUUUGCACUUGCACUUUCUUGAAGAUGCAGUUUCCUGCCAUUCUCGAGCAAAAAACUGGGUUCCGGGGAUUCUUUUGGAAAGCAGCUAGAAUAGGUGAACGCUUGAGCCCUUGGGUUGCUGUUGGAUGUUUUACAAUGGGUGUUUCGAUCAUAUUUUUCUAGGUCGCGAUCGCCUUUCUACGUUUCAACCAUUCUCGCAAUCGAAUGUGAAGCUACUGAUAAUACUUGUCCUGAGUCACUGAUUGAACCGUGUGAAAGAUUUUUAUACUGUGGUAAUGAAAAAGUUGUUUAACUAUUCUAUUUAUAUGAGUUAAAGUAUUUCAUCUUCUUUAUUUUCCAUUCCUUCCAGAAAUAGAGCUAUAAUCAGUUUCAGAGUAGUUGAGUGUAUUCAUAGAUUCAUUUGGUUUCUCAUCUCUUUGGAGAUUUAGGACAACUUUUACAUAAAUGUAAAUCAAGUUGGUCACAUUCUUUGUGUGUUGCUUGAAAUGUUGAAAAUUUGCUUUGUGUUUUUAAUGGGACCAUUUCUGCAUAUAAUAAUCAUACAUCAAGAACCCAAGUUUUAAUUUUA